GGAACAAUGAUUACGAGUGAAACGAUUUUGAAUGGCGACUUAAUGAAUUUUUUUUGUGUUUGAGUAUACAAUUUAAUGAUGAUGAAAAAAAAACAUAACUAUUAAUAUAUUGAUCAAAUGUAGAAAUGGAAAAAAAGGAGAAGAGAUCACACACACUUUUGAGAUAUGAGAUGAAGGGAUAAUAAGUGUCAUUUGUAAUGCGAGAGAUAUUUUUUCUUCCUAAACUUCCCUUUUUUUUAUUAGUUUUCCUUUCCCUGCAAUUUAUUUCCUUGUUCACUUAAAAGGACUCUCAAAAAUCAUAUUGGCUAAGAAGCUUAACAGCAGAUUUAUUAUUUUUCCCCUCUAGAGAGAGUGUCCUUGUUUUCUUUGAUUGUAAAGGAAAAGAAAAAGCUAUUAUAUUGACUAUUUUGAUAAAUUUUAAUAUUUAAUAGUAGAUCUAUGCAUUAUUGUCAUUUAGAGAUCAAACUUUCCUUCCUUCCGAUGAUUGAGAUUUCCUUGGGCUGGGAGAGUUUGUCAUGAAAAAUUCAUAGGUUUAUUUGCUGAAGAAUAGAUGCUCUAUUUUUUAUUUGACACUCUGAAAACACUUCAUUUCGACAGGAGGUUAUAAAUGAGAUGAAUUUGAUAAUAAAAGCAGAUUUCUGUAUGAUUUUUGUAUAAUCAACAACACACAGAGAAUGAAAUUAUUUUCCCCUUUUUCGGAACGCGCGAAGUCGAAAAUCAACUCCGAAUGGUUUGGGUCUCUGCUGGUGACGUCAAGCGAAAAGCAAGAUCGAACAAGAUUCUCAGACGGCGGCCAUUGUGGAGAUGAUUCCUAGUUUUACGCGUGCGGAAAUGUGUGUCGCGAGACAGGAAUCGUUGGAGUGUGAGGUGAAGCUGACGCCACGGGACGAUGAGGGCUUCUCCGAGGGUGUCCUGACGCCCAAGUUCUACGUAACACUGGCCGAAGAGAGUCCGCAGGAGAGCGUGAAGUCUGACGACGACGCAUCCUACGAUAGCUUCAAUGAACGUGAAACGGAUUUGUGCAAGGACACCACCGACACGGAAUCUCCCGAUGAUAAUGAGUUGCUUCCGGUGCUGCAGUUCGAAGUGGCCACGGAUAGCAGUUCCGAGAACAAACUCUAUUCCGAUGACUCCUCCACUGGAACUGAUAUAAUACUUACCGCCAUGAACUUGAUGCAUAGGAAGAUAAGCUUGUCCCGGAGUGAGUCUUCCCUCUCCAAGGGCACUGAGGCGUCCUAUGAGAACCCCAAAGAUCGUAAGACUAAUCGGAUCUUUUUCCGGGAGUGUGUCAAGUGCAAAAGCAAGCAGAAGAAUCCGCUGUAUCGCUACUGUGAGAAUUGCUAUCGCACUCGGAAGGAAUACUUUCCAGCGCGCCCCAAACGUCGCAAAAAGCGCACGAAGUCAGUUGACAUCCCGGAUGAUGUGCGUAAGAAGGUGAGAUAUGAGAGUAAGCCUGAGGAGUCUGAUGGCCAAACGAUACUGCCGGAGAGUCAAGAGACAACGAUCUGCAAGGAUCCGAUGCGUGUCAAGAACAGUAAUCCGCUUGAUGAGCCGUGCAUAAUCUGCCUGAAGGAGCCGAAGAACGGUGUCUUCGUGCACAGCAGCUGUCUUCAUCUGUGCUGCUGCUACAAGUGCGCCAAGAAGACGUGGAACAUGAACAAGAAAUGCCCAAUUUGCAAUUCUAAGGUCAGGAACGUCCUCAGGCUGUUCAUUCACUAGCGUCAGCAUCAGUUAAUUGAACUAAGACAACAUUGAAACAUAUAAUGAUUGAAAUAAAUUGCCAUAAUCUUCAUCCUA